CUCUUGUCUCACUUCUCACGCGGAGCAAACCUAAAUUGCCGCCGCCGCCUUCGACUGCGCGCAAGCUUCCCGAUCAGGCCACGCCGGAGCGCCUCCGACGUCGUUUUCCGAUUCAUCAGGAGAGCCAGCCACGUUAUUUACCGGAACUUUGGAACGGCGUGAGGCGUUCCCGUGCCGGAACGCCCGUUCCGACGAACCAUGAUCCCACCACACACGAAGAGGGAGAUUUACGAAUAUAAAUAUCAUGCCAGAAAGUAAAUCAACAAUUGGGCUUUUGUGGGCACCAAAGGUGCUACCUUCAUUUGGUGGAGCGAAAAAUGGGUCAGAGAUGUUGCACAGUCAAACAAAAGAUCUUAUUGAGAAAUCUUCUGUUGAGCUUGUGGAUGGCCUGUACUUACCACCUAGAGAUCCACGCAAGCUGAAUAAGUUGAUGAAGAGAAAUGCAAAAGACACAGCUGGUCGAAGUUGGUUUGAUAUGUCUGCCCCUAAAAUUACUCCUGAGAUAAAGAAUGACCUUGAGAUUCUCAAGUUGAGACAUGUUAUUGAUCCAAAAAGGCAUUUCAAAAGAAGUGAAAAUUCCAAGACAGUUCCAAAGUACUUUCAGGUGGGCACUGUUAUUGAAUCUGCAUCAGAAUUUUUCUCAAGCAGGCUAACAAAGAAAGAGAGGAAGGCAACAUUAGCAGAUGAACUCUUACAUGAUGAUGCUCUGAAGGCUUAUAGAAAACGAAAGCUGCGUGAAAUUCAUGAGAGUCACCAGACCGGUGGGCACGAGAAGUGGAAACAUAAAGGUCGUCAGACGUGGAAACGGGCUAAGGAUAGAAGGAAAUGACCUUCCCUUUAUGCUUUAUUCUAAGGGGAUAAUGGCUAGCAAAAAUGUGUUUUCAGAAAUGUAGCAAGAGAACAAACACCACUUGCCUUGCCAUUGCCAUUUGUUUACUUGAAGGAUGUUUAGAAAUGGAUGGGAAUGUUAAACGAAUGUGUUACCUGAGAAUUGUGGGUUAUGUAUCUAAAUCUCACGGGAAGUUUUUGUGUCAGUAUUUAAUAUACUUAUUUCGCAUUUGAA